GCCAACAGGUUUAUUUGUCCUGCAAAGUUUGUUUACGUAUUACACUCUCAGAAACGCAAUUGAAAAACGGCAAAAAUACACAAAAUUACACACCAUGUCCCUUGUGGCCUACGAAUACAGCAGCGAUGAUGGUUCGGAUCAAGAGGAACAGGAAGAAACUAAACAACCAGUGGCCAGUGCUCCCGUCAAACAGAACGGCACUCCGAACGUUCCAUCCAGCAGCACACAAAGCGCCACACUGGAAGAUCAGGAGCCGGAUGUUGAUGAACUGCCGAAGCAUAGCUUACACCUUCCAGCUCCCAAACUCCUGAACGACCUACGCAUCGAGGAGGAGGAUGACGAGUUCCUGCACAAGAAGGCAAUCCCGGCCAACAUUCCCGUACCGAAGCCUCCGCCCGCCAAGCCCAAGGUUCGCAACGGCAAGGUACAGAUCACCAUCCCCUCGAUGAAGGACUUCGACGACGUCGAGACACGCGAUACGAAAAAGGAAAAGCCCAUCAUCGGUGCUGCAAUGCCCAAAAAGACGACCAGCCUGCUCAGCAUGCUGCCGAAGCCCAGAACGGCACUGUUUGACCCGAAACCGUCGCCCGCAGCAUCCGGAAGCGCUCCAGCUAGUGCCACCUUCAGCAAGCGACUCGUACCGGAUUCCGUUGCCAAUCGGCCGCGCAAUGUCCCACUGAGUGCUCAAACCCAGUCCAACAGCCGACCAACCGGCGCAAAACCAGCCAAACCGGGAGCCGGAUCAUCCGCGCAACCACCGGACAACAGUGACGAGGAGGAAGAGGACGAACAAAUGGUAGAUUUCUUCUCGUUCAACAAAGUCGAUGAGCUGCCCACCGUCAGCACGAACGAAAUCAGUGCGAUGGUGGCGAAAAAGGCAGCGAAAAUCGCAGAAAACGUGCGGAAGUACACCGAGCCGGAAGAGCCGUCGGACGGUGGGGAUACGAGCGGCGUCGCUAGCGGCGCGUACGAUACGGCCCAGCCGCACCAGCCAGCGGAGGAGGAUUUGGCGAGUGAAACUGCACUGGCCGCCCUGAUCGGUGGCAAUCGGGCCAAGCGUGCCCGGCUGGAGGAGGUCGAUCUGAUCGAAAUCACGUCCGCGGACAUCGUCCCGACGAAGGAGGACUUUCUGCGCCGGCAGCUGCAGGACGAGACGGGCUACGUGCCGACCGGCCAUCUCGUGGGCGACUGGACCUGCACCAGCAAGCGGAAAUCGCACAUCACUCAGCUGGCGAGCAAGGCGCAGGCUAAUGCGCAAGAGCUGGAGGCAAUGUGGGCCGCGAACCGGCAGUCCCGGCGCCAAACGCAGAGCAAGUACGGGUUUUGAGUGCCCCUGGUGGGGUGGAUGUGCUGGUAGCGUUAGGCUGCUGAUUGAGAAGUGUUUAAAUAAAUUAAAAUGUCACCGUAUCUCACGAAACGAUCG